UUUAAUAAGACGUAGAAAAAACCAAAAAAAAAAAGAAACAGGGCACAGAAGAAGGUAAGCAAUGGAGUCAACUGAUGAUAGUAGUAGUUCAAGUCAAGCAAAAGCUUUCGAUGAUACGCAAAUCGGCGUGAAAGGCCUUGUGGAUUCGGGAAUCACAGAGAUUCCGGCCAUGUUCCGCGCAACCCAAGCUACUCUAGCAACCCUGAAAUCGCCACCACCUCCCAAGCAUCUCGCCAUACCCACCAUCGAUCUCAAAGGAGCAAGCGUGGUGGAGAAGAUCAGAGAAGCUGCUGAGAGAUGGGGUUUAUUCCAGGUUGUGAAUCACGGCAUCCCCGUGGAGGUUCUGGACAGGAUGAUCCAAGGGAUGCGCAGCUUUCACGAGCAAGAACCUGAAGCCAAGAAACCCUUCUACUCUAGGGAUCAUACUAGAGACGUGAUUUACUACAGCAAUUUUGAUCUACACAACUCAGACGCCGCGAGUUGGAGAGACACGCUUGGUUGUUAUACCGCACCCGAACCUCCCAAAUUACAAGAUUUGCCCGCCGUUUGUGGGGAGGUUAUCUUGGAGUACUCAAAGGAAAUAACGAAAUUAGGUGAAUUGCUAUUUGAGCUUCUAUCAGAGGCUUUGGGGUUGGACUCGCAUCACCUUAAGGACAUAGACUGCGCCAAGUCUCAAUAUAUGGCUGGCCAAUACUACCCACCUUGCCCUCAGCCUGACCUUACCAUAGGUAUAAACAAGCACACCGAUAUUUCCUUUAUCACCAUUCUUCUUCAGGACAAUAUCGGUGGGCUUCAAGUUCUCCAUGACCACCAAUACUGGAUUGAUGUUACUCCUGUCCCUGGGGCUCUUGUCGUUAACGUUGGAGAUUUUCUUCAGCUUAUAACCAAUGACAAGUUCAUAAGCGCCGAGCAUAGGGUGAUAGCGAAUGGAUCUUCAAAACCGCGGACUUCAGUUGUAUGUGUUUUCAGCACGUUCAUGAAAGCAUGUUCUCGAGUAUAUGGGCCAAUCAAAGAGCUUCUGUCUGAAGAAAACCCUGCCAAGUAUAGAGACUUCACCCUCACAGAGUUCUCAACCAUCUUCAGGUCAAAAACGAUCGACACUCCUGUGUUACACCAUUUCAUGAUCUGAGACGACAUUUGGGUAAUCUAUCAAACUCUCCAACUUUUUCUAUAAUUAUUUGUCGUGAUAAGGCGUAAUAAUAUUUGUAAUAGUCGAAUAAGUAGACAAUAAAACUGCUACUUCAUCUUUAAGAAUAAAAGCCCAUGAUGUGUAAUACAUUAAUAAUGUACAACAUAUGGUAUCCACCCAUGAUCGUUUAUAUCAUCAUCAAAAUUAACCAAGAGCA